GAGUCAACUGGCCUAAUAGGAUCAUCAGGCUGGAUCAGUUCAUCAGGCUGGGUAGAGGCAUCAGGCUGGGUAGGCAUCAGGCUGGGUAGAGGCAUCAGGCUGAGUACAGGCAUCAGGCUGAGUACAGGCACAGGCAUCAGGCUGAGUACAGGCAUCAGGCUGAGUACAGGCAUCAGGCUGAGUACAGGCAUCAGGCUGAGUACAGGCAUCAGGCUGAGUACAGGCAUCAGGCUGAGUACAGGCAUCAGGCUGGGUACAGGCAUCAGGCUGGGUACAGGCAUCAGGCUGGGUACAGGCAUCAGGCUGGGUACAGGCAUCAGGCUGAAGUGUGCGGACGGCAGGCUGACCGGUUUGGAUACUGGCAGGAUGGUACUGGUUGGAAAGAAUUUUCGCUUUUUUCUGGUUUUAACUACUGGAGCACUGCAAGUAAACACAGGUCUGCAAACGAAUGGAGCAGCUGGAGACAGAGAAGAGCUGGAGGAUGGAACAGGGGAGGGAGCAGUUGCUACAGAGGGCUUUUUUACAGGGUUAAAGGCAGGAUAGGUGCAGCGAGUGGGAACAGGGUACUGACAUGCGGUAGAUAGCAGGGCAGGAGGAGCUGUUGGGAAUGCAGGAAUAGAGCUUUGAGGAAAUAGAUUAGAAGCAGGACUGGGUUUUUGUAAGCUGACUGAGGCUGGGUGUAACAAAUCUGACCAUGUCUGCAGUAUGGGUUGAACAAAGCUGAGCUUACACAAAGCCUGUCUGACCAAAGACUGCACUGCGUUUAUACAAUCCCUUAAUACCUGUGGUGAACAUGCAGAAUAACGCUCCAGAAAGUAAUCCACAUCAUCCUCUAAUAACCAUACCAGGGACUCUACCUGGUCGGCACUAAAUGGCGGCAAAAAAUCCAUCCCUGCAUUCGGGGGUACUAGAUGAAACCAACUCCGCACAAACCUGAAUCAAUGGCUGCACCUCAGAGAAUUCUGUGCCCUGAUCUACUAGAACAUGAGCGAUCCGUAUACAUUCUAGCAGUUCAUCCCGGGGAUACUCCUUCAGAGUCUGAUAAGCAUACUCUCUGUCAUCAAAAACACUAGCAGAUAUAAAUACACAACCUCAUCAAGAUCCAUCCUUCACAU